AUGGCGUCCUUCGACGCCACGAGUUCCGCCGUGCCGGACUCGCUGCUGCUCGCGCGCCAGGCCGACCGCCUCGCGCGGCAGGCCACGAACACGGUCAUGCAGGACACCAUCAGUCGGCCGGCGCUCGGCGACAGCAGCAACACGCUGAGCGUCGAGGCGCUGGUCAAGCAGGGCGGCCGGGCCAAGGCGCCGCGCCGGAUCUGCCACGGCUGCGUCGCGCUGCGCAACGAGGGCGAGGCCCUCAAGCGGGAGGUGCUGCGGCUGCGGGGCGGCAUGAAGGCGAUGCAGGCGCGGCUCGAGGCGCUCGAGACCGCAGCGGUGCGCGCCGCGACGGCCCGCGCGGCGCGGCGCGAACGGGCGCGGAGCGCGAAGCCCCCGGCGGGCCCGCCGCCGGCCGUCGUGGCCGCGAGCUCGCCGCCCAAGCCGCCCGCCGCGGCGCCCCGGCCGCCGGCGCCCGGGCCGCCGGCGCGGGACACGCCGCCGGCGCGCGCGCCGCCGCGCGCCGCGACGCCGCCGGCCACGCCGCCCCCGCCGCCGGACUCGCCGCCGCCGCCCGCGUGGCCUGCCGAAGCCGACGCGUGGCCGCCCGAACCGGCCGUGCGCGUCAUCAGCGCGCCCGGGCCGGAGACGCCGACCGAUCCGCCGCCGUGCUACUCGCCGCCGCGCCGCGGCCGCACCUACUCGCCACAACGGGCGCCGGCGCGCUGCUUGGGCGUGCUCGACGCGCUGCACGCCAUCCUCGGCUGCGACCGCGCGGCCCUCGCCGACGAGGCCACGCAGGUCCCCUGCAAGCCGCUGGCCAUAGCGCGGAGGCCGGCGCCGCCGCCGCCGCCGCCGCCGACCCGCGCGCACCGGCACCGCUUCUGCCUCACGCCGGAGCCCCCGGCCGGCCCGCCGCCGCCGCCGGACGCGUUCGCCCGUGUCGUCUACGAGGAGCCCGCGGAAUUGCCCGACCGCGACGUCGUCGCAGUGUAA